UAGCAGUACAAUGUGACUAACCAGAAUAAUCAAGGUUUUUAGUAUAUUUUUUAUUGCUGCGUGGCAAACAAGUUACCAGUAGGUUCAGUAGAUUGUCAGAAAACAAACAAGACCCAGCAUUCAUGAUAUGCACGCUCUUAAGGCUGUGCAAUUGGGCAAUUAGUUGAAAGGGGUGUGUUCAAAAAAAUAGCAGUGUCUACCUUUGACUGUACAAACUCAAAACUAUUUUGUACAAACAUUUUUUUUUUCUGGGAUUUAGCAAUCCUGUGAAUCACUAAACUAAUAUUUAGUUGUAUGACCACAGUUUUUUAAAACUGCUUGACAUCUGUGUGGCAUGGAGUCAACCAACUUGUGGCACCUCUCAGCUGUUAUUCCACUCCAUGAUUCUUUAACAACAUUCCACAAUUCAUUCACAUUUCUUGGUUUUGCUUCAGAAACAGCAUUUUUGAUAUCACCCCACUAGUUCUCAAUUGGAUUAAGGUCUGGAGAUUGGGCUGGCCACUCCAUAACAUUAAUUUUGUUGGUUUGGAACCAAGACUUUGCCCGUUUACUAGUGUGUUUUGGGUCAUUGUCUUGUUGAAACAACCAUUUCAAGGGCAUGUCCUCUUCAGCAUAGGGCAACAUGACCUCUUCAAGUAUUUUAACAUAUGCAAACUGAUCCAUGAUCCCUGGUAUGCGAUAAAUAGGCCCAACACCAUAGUAGGAGAAACAUGCCCAUAUCAUGAUGCUUGCACCUCCAUGCUUCACUGUCUUCACUGUGUACUGUGGCUUGAAUUCAGAGUUUGGGGGUCGUCUCACAAACUGCCUGUGGCCCUUGGACCCAAAAAGAACAAUUUUACUCUCAUCAGUCCACAAAAUGUUCCUCCAUUUCUCUUUAGGCCAGUUGAUGUGUUCUUUGGCAAAUUGUAACCUCUUCUGCACAUGCCUUUUUUUUAACAGAGGGACUUUGCGGGGGAUUCUUGAAAAUAGAUUAGCUUCACACAGACGUCUUCUAACUGUCACAGUACUUACAGAUUUCUUGACUCCAGAAAUAUGUGGGGUGACCAUAAUGAUGGUGACCAGCAAGGUCAUGUGAGUGCACGAAUGGAGACGAGCCUACCCAUGGGUACCACCAGUAUUUCUGUAUCCCAGCAACAGGCUCCUAAGAAGUUUGCUCCUGUUGUGGCUCCCAAGCCCAAGUUCAACCCCUAUAAACAUCCUGAUGAUGCAACACACGAGGGAGCUGGAGACUAUCCCCCACCUCCUCCACCUGUCAUUAACCCACACCCGUCUCCAUCCAGCUUCCCACCUCCCCCACCAAUGGAUGAGACCUCCCUCGGCUUUCAGAUAAAAGGACCUGCGAAAACUCUAGAAGAGAGACGUUCUAGUCUGGAUGCUGAGAUCGACUCUCUGACCAGCAUCCUGGCUGACCUAGAGAACAGCUCACCAUACAAACCACGCACACCGCAGGUACAGUCAUUACACACACACACACACACUCCCAAACCACCUCCAACCACAUUACAUUAAAGACAUUCUGAAAGC